UGCGGUCACCUGACCAUGAAUGGACCAAUGAGAGAGCAGCAUGGCGUCACGCAGCUCGCAAAACUUCAGAAGAGAGACAGAGAGACAGACAGAGAGAGAGAGAGAGAGAGAGAGAGACUCUGCAGCGGACAUUACUCUGAUGUUAAGGCCAUGAGAGCUUCCUCUUCAUCAUCAUCCUCCUCCUCCUCCUCCUGUGUGUGUGACAGCAGUGGUGGUCUGUGGGAUUCACUGAAAAAAGCGGCGUUUGUUAUCGGAUCAGGACUUUUCUUCCUGGUGGCCUUUAGGAACUCAGUGACGUGGCAUCUGCAGAGGUUUUGGGGAGCAUCAGGGGAUUUCUGGCAGACACAGUGGACCAGACUUUAUACAGCAUUUGAUGGAAAUGAGGCGUCUCUGUUCUUCAUCGGAACGAUGCUGGUGCCAACGUUCUUCUUCUGGCUGUUUAACGGCUUCCUGAUGAUCGUAGAUACGACGGGAAAACCUGCGUUCAUCACACGCUACAGAAUUCAGCAGGACAAAAACAACCCGGUGGAGGUGGAGCGUGUGUGGCGGGCCGUGAAGGUGGUUCUGUGUAAUCAGUUGUUCUUGUCGGUUCCGUUGGUGAUUCUCACCUACACUGUGAUGUCAUGGCGUGGAGAACUCUGCGCUCCUCAACUGCCCACGUUCCACUGGGUUCUACUGGAGCUUGCUGUGUGUGGCCUGCUGGAGGAAGUGCUGUUCUACUACUCACACAGGCUGUUCCACCAUCCGUUCUUCUACAAACGCAUCCAUAAGGUCCAUCACGAGUGGACCGCGCCCAUUGGAGUCGUGUCUCUGUACGCUCAUCCCGUGGAGCAUGUGUUCUCCAACAUGCUGCCGGCUCUGAUAGGUCCGGUUCUGCUGGGUUCUCACAUGUCCACCACGUCUCUGUGGUUCACCGUGGCUCUGAUCGUCACCUCCAUCUCACACUGCGGUUAUCACCUGCCCCUGCUGCCCUCGCCCGAGUUCCACGACUUCCACCACCUCAAGUUUAAUCAGUGUUACGGUGUUCUGGGAGUUCUGGACCGGCUUCAUGGCACCGACGAUAAAUUCCGCAAAACCAAAGAAUACGAGCGACACACACUCCUGCUGAGUCUCACACCGCUCUCCAAGAGCAUCCCGGACACGCCCAAAAAACACGAGUGACAUCAUCACCACCCCGGACACGCCCAAAAAACACGAGUGACAUCAUCACCACCCCGGACACGCCCAAAAAACAUGAGUGACAUCAUCACCACCCCGGACACGCCCAAAAAACACGAGUGACAUCAUCACCACCCCGGACACGCCCAAAAAACACGAGUGACAUCAUCACCGCCCCGGACACGCCCAAAAACACGAGUGACAUCAUGUAUUUUAUUUUCAUUAGGAUUUUAACAGAUUAUAAUCAUCUGAGAAUGAUUUGUGUUUCACUGCUGUCUCCGACGCGGCCUCAGCGACUUCCCCUAAUCACUCUGAAGUGUACACUACACACUAAGAGUUCUUCAGAAUAAUCAGAAUUUGAACACAAUCCAGUAUCACGUUUUAAAAUACGAAGUGUUACUUGAUGAUGUGGAUUCAGAUCCUAACAGAAAUCUAACACACUUCACCUGAACAGUGAUUAGCGUCUCUUAAGAUGGCGGUGAAGGGAACUUCACCAAGGGGAAGUGGACGAGGGCGCAUUACAGUCAGGAAUGAAACACUGCUAAUAACAUAAACGUGUUUUUAGAUAAAGACAUGAAGAAUGUAAUUUUUCAGAUCCUGUGUUUCUGCAUUAAUAAUGUAAUAAAUAAUCACUACUUUUCAAUAUUCACAUUACAGCUUUGCUGGACUAAGCAAUUAUUUUAUUAAAUGAUUAUAAAUCUUAUGUAUAAUAGAGUAAUGUGUUUAUAUCAGUGUUUUAUUCACUGUUUCAUGCACAUCAACAUUACAGGUCUGUUUUUAAUAAUUUACCGAAUGUUAGCACUUUCAUUAUCAUUUUAUAGAAUUAUAAUUACAGAACACAAAUUACACACAGCAUAUAAAAUGCUAUAAAUGUGUUUAAUAAAAGUUCUUAUAUUCUGAUAUUAAUAUUAAUUUGAGCUUAACACUAAGAUUGUUAACUGCUGUGUAGCGGUGCAUUAAUGUGCAGAUUUGUAUUAAUAAUAAUAAUUAAAUAUAAUUCUGCAUUUCUGAA